AUGGCCCAUCGCUCCUUUAAAGAGCCCCGGAAGAGAGAAUUUGACAAAGUGGUAGCCCGCCGUCCCCUUUUCUGGAACUAUCCAAGGGGGUCUCCAGAACGGACUUCAGAUCACUGUCAAUGGGACUGUUCUCAGUUCCAGUGGAAGCAGGCACAACCUGCAGCCAGGGGCGCCAUUAACCUGGACUCCGGGAUGAAUGGGGCCCUGGGAGCUGGCGGUCUAAGGAGGGAGUGGGAUGAAGGAGGGUCCAGGAGCGCAGGGGGGGUCCCCAUCCCGGCCUGGGGCGCCUGCCCCGGAACACGUGCUCUCCUCUGGCAGGUGAUGGUGAACGGGAGCCUCUUCGUGCAGUACUUCCACCGCGUGCCCUUCCACCGUGUGGACACCAUCUCCGUCAAUGGCUCUGUGCAGCUGUCCUGCAUCAGCUUCCAGAACCCCCGCACAGUCCCUGUUCAGCCCGCCUUCUCCAUGGUGCCGUUCUCCCAGCCUGUCUGUUUCCCACCCAGGCCCAGGGGGCGCAGACAAAAAAUUCCGGGAGGACUGUAUCCAUCCAAGUCCAUCAUCCUGACGGGCACUGUCCUGCCCAGUGCUCAGAGGUUCCACAUCAACCUGUGGUCUGGGAGCCACAUCGCCUUCCACCUGAAUCCCCGUUUUGAUGAGAACGCUGUGGUCCGCAACACCCAGAUCAACAACUGUUGGGGGCCCAGCCUUUCCAACGCUGCCUGGGAUCUGGGCUUUAAUGCAGAGGCCAUGUCCUCAUCUGGUCCUGCUUCUGGCUACGGCCACCCUGGAACGGAGAAGGCAGCUGACCGGGAUUGCCUUCCUCAGCCGCGGCAGCACCUGGGGCUCCAGCUGCCCAAAUCCUACCAUCCCAGGAGGCGGGCACAGCCAGGGAGAGGGAGGAGUGGGCAGUGA